GGGUAAGAGGACAGGAUUCAGGGGAAGGAAACAAGGACGGAAAAGAGGAAAUAAACAAGACCCCAUUGUGCGUCAUCUCUGUACAUAGAGUAUGAGGGCGGAGUCCUGGGGAGGACGUCACCUGUGGGAGCGGGGGCAAAUUAAAAAACUGAGGAGAAAGAGGCGCCUCCUGCCUCUAGCGGCCCAAAUUCUCUCUGCACCUUUAAGAUCUGACAGAGAAGCUGCCAGAGCAUCACGAGCACUGACAUCACAUGAUGUCAUCAUGUGACGACAUGAUGACAUCAUCAGCACAAUGUAGGAGACAAAGGAGGAGAUAUGAUGACCAACAGCUGCAAACAUCAGUUCACACAAAGAAUAAGAUGGCUGAAAAAAAUUCUGUCUGUCCUUCUCUCUGUCUGUCUGAUUGUCUCUCUCCUUGUCUGUCUGUCUGUCUGUCUCUCUGUCUGUUUGUCUUUCUCUCUCUCUGUCUGUCUGUCUGUGUUUCUCUCUCUCUCUCUCUCUCUCUCUUUCUGUCUCCCCCCCUCUCUCUCUCAUCAGCAGGGGGAGGAGUCAGCCUGGUGAGGAUGCUGCCAGGUUGCCGUGGUUUCAGCCUCUCGUUUCUUGUGGCGACCGUCAUCGGGGAUGUGUGUGUGCGCGGCAGAAGGGUGUGAGAGUGUGUUAGAGGGUAUAUGACUGUAGGACAGAGGAGAGGAGGACAGGAAGAAAGGAAAGACAGAGGUGUGAAGAGGGGAUGUGGAUUAAUCUGCUGCAGUGAGUCGUGGUUUCGUCUGAGCUGCAGUGAGGACGACAGGACUCUUCAUCACCAUCUUUGAGUCUGUGCAGGGAGGAGAGAAGGAGAGAAGUAGACAAGGACUGAAGGAGAGAAGGAGAGAAGGCCUGAAGGACUGAAGGAGGGAAGGAGAGAAGGCCUGAAGGACUGAAGGAGGGAAGGAAAUACCAAAGGUGCCAGUGAAGGAUUCAGUGAAGGAGAAAUGGACAGAGUCUGAGUCCUCUCUGAUUCUCUGGUCUUUGAUGAGUCAUGACGUCUCAGCAGGAGGUGUCUUCCUUCAGGACGUUUUUUCAGUACGUGGAGGACAGUGGACUUCGAACAUAUGAUGGUUUGGUGAUACAAAAUGCCUCAGACAUUGCCAGAGAAAGCGACCGCAUUCGUAAUCAGACCAACUGGACAUACCUGCAGGAAAAACACCAAAAGAAGAGACGACAAGAAGAAGCCAUCAAGAGGAUUGGUGAAGAUGUUGCCAUGGCAACAGAAGUUUCGUACUCUGGAAAACAUUUCAGAAUGGGUUUCAUGACAAUGCCUGCACCGCAAGACCGUCUCCCCCCCCCAAGUCAGGGCUUCACAGUCCGAUCCCAGUCCCUCCACUCUGUGGGCGGAGGAGAAGACGAAUCCAACCACAACCGAAAACAACCCCCACCAAAACCGAAGAGAGACCCCAACACCAAACUGAGCAGCAGCUCUGAGAUGGUGAACGGAGGCACUGGAGACGUGAGGAGAGACCAGCAAGAGACCAAAGAGACAACGGAGCAGGUGGAGGCUCAAUGCCCUUUUUACACCGAGGACUACAAGAAGCUGCCUCCACCCAAACCCAAGAGGAACCCAAACACUCAGCUCAGCACCUCCUUUGACGAGUCCUACAUCCAUAACCAUGGUAACAAGAAGUCUUCUUUGCGGUGGGAUAAAUCUUCAUCCCAAAGUCAAAGUCCUGUAUUCAGGGACACAGAGGAUGAGGAGCCGGUUUAUAUUGAGAUGGUGGGUAACAUCCUGCGAGAGUUGAAAAGUCAAGAAGUCUUGGAGGACGAUCAGAGCGAGUCAGUGUAUGAGGAGAUGAAGUACCCGAUGCUGGAGGAGUUCCUGCAGGAUGCUCACUCUGCCAUCAUGGAUUCUGAAGCCUGGUCCCGUGGAUCUUUGUGCGAUAUCCCUUCACCCUUCCCCAACCUCCUGACACAUCGUCCGCCAUUGCUCGUCUUCCCCCCUGCCCCCGCUAAGUGCUCCCCUAACUCUGAUGAGUCCCCCCUCACACCCUUAGAUGUUACCCGGCUGCCCAUGAUAGAAAACGUCUCCUACAGCAAAUCCAGUGGUGUUGAGCACCCGCAGAUCUCCAGCCACCACCGCAAAGACCGAGGCAGAGACCGAGAACGGGACAGAGACCUCUCCUCCACCCACACCAUCACAUCCUCCGGUCGAUCAUCGGCUCCGCCUCUCCCAUCCAACCUCUACAAAUCAUCUGGCUCUGCCCAUGGUGGCCAUGGUUACCCUCGUAGCCAAUCAGCAUGUCCGUCUCCGGUCAGCAUGUGUCGCUCUCUGACCCCUCUGAGCCUGAAGAGGCCGCCACCAUAUGACUCACUGAUAUCUGGAGGAAGUAUGCCUCGCUCUUCAUCUUCAUCGUCAUCAUCCUCACACAAAGCGGGGGAAGGCGGAUGUAAACUCAGUAACUCUUCCUCGACCCACGGUUCCAUGCAGAAUGUGUCGAUGAGGUCACAUACUCCAACAAGCCCAUUGGACGAACUGAACAACAUGUUUACCUCAGGUAGACAGGUGGGGAGGAGAUGUUCAGGAGGCAGGAAGAGCAGGGAGGGUGAAGAAUAUAGAUCUCUGCCUAGACAUGACAGAGAUGGACGAUCCAGUCCAGGUUCCAGCAGGAUGGGUAGGUCAUCUGUUAGUCCCACCAUGAUGCUGUCUGGAGGAGGAGGAGGAGGAGAGUCACAGUCUGUUUGUAAACUCGGACGUUCAGCCUCGACGUCAGGAGUUCCUUCACCUGGUGGGACGCCUCAACGUCACCUGCAUGAAGCACAUCACCCUGCCCUUAGUCAGGAUUCAACUUCUCUGAACAACAGAAUAUAAAACAUUAAUAGACGGACAGAAGGUUUGAUCCAUCAGCUGAUCGACAUGUGAACUGUAAAGAUAUAAACAUGUAAACAUGAAAGAUGUCAUGGAGUUUGUCAGUGUUCAAAAGUUUAUUUGACUUUUGUACUUUUAGUUUUGUGUAAAAUAUUUGGUGUUUAAAAUAAAUGUUUCUGUAUUUUGUCUGAACAUGAACUAUUGACACAAACACUAACAUUCAUCUGUACUUACAUAUUUAACAGUCGCAACAAUUUGAUACUGAUUCUAACUUGGUGUCAUUAUUCAUACAAACAUUAAACUAACAUAAAUUAACAUUAAACAAACAUUAAACCAACACUGACUGAAGGGAUGAAAUAUAUACAUAUACAUGUAUCUAUAACCCCGCCCAGCUCAGAUUAUACCACGCCCACUACUGCCUGACUCAUUACUAAUGAACCACAACCUGUUCCCCUAACCCUCAAGUCCUGACAUCUUCUUGUUAUGUUCCACUAAUCAACACAAUGUUGGAUGGAGCUUUUCCAUCGACUUUCUGAAAAAAUGAAGGAGGUUCCUGGAGUUUACAAACCCUUGGGAUAAACAGAUGAUCUUUAGGUUUUCAACAAUGUAAAACAAUAAUUACUUUGUGAGCACAGGCAACACUUCUGAAGAAGGUUUGUGGUUCUGCAGCAGUGAUGAAUAUAUGAUCAUAAACUGAAAUAAUCUAUAAUAACAAGUGUUGAACCACAAGGAUGAAGACUCAGGAGACAAAAAAGGUUUUUAAAAAUCAGGGUCUUCACUCACAGGAAGUGAAAAACACAAUGACAGAUAAACAGAGGGGGGGUUGGAGACAAACAUCCGAGGUCCACUGCUUUUUUCAGACUGAUGCAGUUCUCAUUAGCGGACACGCUAAAGUAGCAAAUAACCUUGAGCCAAUGUCUGCGUUGAGCUGCGUUCAGGUAAAUCGUUGGCGUGUUGUUAGUUUGACAGCGUGGAAAGGGACUGACUGCACUACUGACACAUCUGAGGUCUGUUGGAAAGUAUUUCAUUGUUGCUUUGAGAGAGGUUACAUGCCACAGGGACACGCAAAAGCGCACAACCUGGCAAAACCUCAAAAAAAUGGAAAAUAUAAAUGUACACAAAGGCUGGAUGUUAGAAUGAGGACAGAUUACGUCAGUGGCUCAGGAGGAAGAGUUGUUCGAUCCCAUAUAUAGUCAUAAUGGUGUAAAUAAACGUUUUGCUUAAGGAACUAACAGUCAGAUUUUAAAUUUUACUAAAACAUCAGAAUCCAUCUUGAUUCAUGUUCUUUGAUCUCAUUAACAUUUUUGUCUUU